AUGGCUCCACGCGAAAAGAGCCAAUUGAAGCGUCAGCGAGACUCCCCUACAGGCCACGACAACGACUCGUCUAAGAAAGUCCGUCGGUCUGAACGCUUAUCGCAAAAGCCAGAGAACGGCACCGACGAGCCCAAGACUCCCAUCACCACCAACAAGCAGAAUCUGCCCUCGCCGCUCACACAUCUAAGCAGCAACGAGAGUCCCUACAAGGAAGCUACCGCCGAACCACCCGACGGCCGUCCGAGCCAAGUAACCCACCGCACACCUGAAGAGACCUACUCUCAGGAACAUGCCUUCUCGUCGCCCUUACAAGACACCCAAGCUUUUCCGACUUCGCAGUUUGUCGACGGCGAUGCUGCGCUAUCAGACGAGGUGGAGGACGAGGUCAAGGAGGGCGUAUGGGGAUAUCUGUUUCCACUUGACACGAGACACGGUGGCAGAUGCGUCGUCUUGAAGAAACGAUCUGCCUGCCCCGGGUCUGAGGACGUUGCUGGCUCACUGGAGGAAAGUCCAGACGGCAGCGCCGCCCUGAGACAAGAAGAGUCAUUCGAGGAGUCCAGGGCUAAAAGCGUCCCCUCGGGAGGCUACCUGAUAGGAAGACAUCCUGAAUGCGACAUCGUGAUCGAUGAUCCUAUAGUGUCAAACCGGCACUGCUUAUUGUUCAUUGAGAAUAAGGAGACCGAUAGUGUGGCUGUCUUGGAAGAUCUAUCAAGUAACGGUACCUUCGUGAACGAGGCUAUCGUCGGACGAAACCAGCGCCGUGAGCUACAGGAGCAGGAUGAGAUUGCCGUUAUGGACAAGGCCCGAUUCAUCUUCCGCUACCCUCGCAGUCGAGUCUCCAGCGCUUUCUUGCAACAGUACACCCUGCUUGAGCGCCUCGGCAAGGGCCAUUUUGCCGAGGUCUUCCUGUGUGUGGAAAAGUCUUCUGGCACCCGAUUUGCAGUCAAGAUUUUCACCAAACACCCUGGGCUGGAGGAACGCUCAAAGACCGAGGGUCUGCAACAAGAGAUUGCUGUGCUGAUGGGCGUCAAUCAUCCCAACGUCCUAUGUUUGAAAGACACCUUCAACGAGAAGGAUGCCGUGUAUCUGGUGCUGGAGCUUGCGCCUGAGGGUGAACUGUUCAAUUUCAUUGUCGCGAAAAGCAAGUUAUCCGAGGAAGAGGCAAGGAAACUCUUCACCCAACUGUUCCAGGGUAUCAAAUACUUGCAUGACCGCAACAUUGUCCAUAGAGACAUCAAACCUGAGAACAUCUUGCUGGUCGACAAGGACCUUCACGUCAAGAUUGCCGACUUUGGCCUGGCCAAGAUCAUCGGCGAGGAAUCCUUCACUACCACCCUAUGUGGUACACCAAGCUAUGUGGCUCCCGAGAUCCUGGCCGAAGGAAGGCACAGGAAGUACACAAAAGAGGUUGACGUCUGGUCGCUUGGAGUUGUGUUGUACAUUUGUCUGUGUGGAUUCCCUCCAUUCUCGGACGAACUCUUCAGCCGUGACUUUCCCUACACGUUGUCGCAGCAGAUCAAGAGUGGUCGCUUCGACUAUCCGUCUCCAUACUGGGACUCUGUGGGCGAUCCGGCUUUGGACUUGAUCGACCGCAUGCUGGUGGUCGAGCCAGACAAGCGCUACUCUGUGGACCAGUGCCUGGCACAUCCGUGGAUUACUCAAAAGGGCCCAGCAGUUGCCGACAGCACAGAUGGACUGGUAGCCGGUGUAGGAGGUCUCGAAAUGCAUCGGCGCGGCAUCCUCCGUGAGCGAACUCUGCUGAGCUCCAUCAACUUAGUGACGGUCCAACGAAAAGUUCCCUUGGGUUCUGAUCACAAAGGACCUCUCAAGGUAUUUUCGAAAAAUCCAACUCUGAUGGAGCCUCAUCCAGAUGGUCAGCGUAACACCAUGGAGUUCAUGGAGAUGGGGGGCAAAGGCGACCAGGAACUCUUCGGCGACGACUCAACAAGCAUUUACACCAAGUCUGAGGCGGCUGCCGCAAUGGGGAGCAAGCCGAACGGAAAGGGUAAAGCACAGGCUGUUGGAAGAUGA